GGGGUCGUAGAUCUCGCGAGUGAGUCGGACAGCGGUGCUAGUGCAAGCACAGUGCGCAGGGGGCAGCCGGCCGCAGCGCUGAGUGCGGACGCGGACGAGCGGAGCGAACGACGCUCAAUAAUGCUCAAAUUCCUGACUCACAAGCUGCGAACGCAUUCGUUGAAUGAGGAGAGUGUUUCCGAGAAGGUGGAGGAGCGGGACUCCGGCACCGAGUCGGACGACGAGGCCGAGCGCGCCGAGCCCGGUGAUUUCUGCACUGACGUCAUCAUGAAGUGGAACGACGUCACGGAUAUCAGUAUGGGUGGCGAGGCGUGCGCGUGCGCCCCGACGCCGCCGCGACUGCUGCCGGAGCCCGAGCCCGACCACCUGUACGACCACCACUCCUCAGAAGAGGAACUAGAGGUAUUCCACCAUCAGCUACUACUCCGCAUGUUCCAUUGUCACACCGUGUCUAUGUUCUGUAACCUUGUCACUACUGUAUUUUGCUUUGAAAUUUACUUAGAAUCAUACUCGGAAUUAAUCUCAAUUUCGACCUUCUGCCGCACCAGACGAGAUCAUCGAGGACCUUGCAAACACGACACGCGCCACACACGCUCGCCGCGCCGCCGGCGCCUGCCGCUGCCGCCGCCGCGCCGCCAUCGGCCCGCGCUCGAUUUCGACAAAAUGCAGCAGCUGAAGGUGGGCGGCGGCGUGCGGUCGUGGCGCGCGGUGGGCGGCGCGCACGGCGGGGAGCUGUCCGUGUUCUGCUGGUGAGGGGCCGCUUGUCGGUGCGGUGUCGCUGGCAGGUGCGGGCGCGACGGACUGGCGUGCGGGGGGUCGGGCCCCGCGGCCGUGCCGGGUCCCGCAGGCGCCCCGGCCGGCCCGGGCCCCGCCGGCCCCGCGAGGUCCCCGCCGGCCCCGGCGGCCCGUAGCCCCGCAGUGUCGAGCCACGUGCGCCCCGCGCCCCACUUGUACGUGUUAGUGAGAUGUCUGUAUCAGUCCCCGUUAGCGCAAUAAGAAGUGAACAAGUCCCGUACUCCAGUGCCGCCCCGAGUGGUGCCGCGGGGCGCAGGGCGCGGUGGCCAGUAGAUAGUCCGGCCUGACCUCUCACAGCAUGUGUUGCACCACCUGAAGCCUGAAGCUCGCCCGAGCCGCCGAGCCACUGGGUCAGUCAGUCGGUCGAUCAGUCAGUCAAUCAGUCAGUCAGUAGACACGUGGCUGGGCGGCCUGCGACAUCCAGUUCCUUUGUAAAUUGCACUCUAAUAAUGAUCAAAGUACAAACUUACGAUACUAGGAGGUGUCCGCAGACUGGCACCUCAGCCGGCGAUGCCCGCCGACACUGUUUUUCGAAGAAUUUACUCGUUUUGAAUACUGUGUUUUAUCCAUCAGUUUGAUACUUGACUAGAUUGUCAGAACGCGGGAUUUUUAAUGAAUAUUUAGUUAAUGAUGUCAACGAAACUACAAGUUUAUACGAGGCCAUCGCUAGGGUAACGCUGUGCCCAAAUUACUUUAAUUUGUCUAUUGUGAUAAAAUGGUAUUGUAAUGAUAUUUCAAUGGACUGAUCCGAGCGGCCGCGCCGUCCAGCCCGCGGCGGGCCGCUACUAGAGGUACGUUGUACGUAGUCGUGGGACUUGGCCUCGAGUUUUUGAUCUCGAAUUGCGAGUGAGUCGCGCCCCCCGGCCGGCCGCGCGCGGUUCCUUAGAGUACGUUCGUUAUAUUUUACCAGUUUAAUGUCAAUUGCUAUGAGGACGGCUGCCCGCUGGCGCAGCUCGUCGUUCGUACAAGUUAUGUCGGUUGUACUCUAGUUGUAUACUUAUGUUAGUAGUUUUUAGCGGGGCUAAAACAUUCUGUUAUUUGUAUUGUGUUGUAAAACGAAAACGAAAAAAAAUGAAACAUAAUAAAGUUAAUGUGGUGCGAGUGGAGUCAGUGAAUUUAACGAUAAAGACAUUUAACAAAUUUUCAAAUUAAUAUGAUAAAAAGUACUAAGACUUUUUUUAAAAAUCGCUUGGAUAAAGAUAUUGUAUGUACAUAGAGUUAAGUGACGUAGUAUAAGUGCAGACUUAGAUGUAGUAGGUAUAACAAAUUGUAUGGCGGCGGCGCGCCGCGCCCGCUCUAUUGUUAACGACGUUUCUUUUAUAAUUGUGUUAUUUUUUAUUUCUGCUAUAGUUUCGUUACUGACACUUUGUUUGUUAUCGAGCCAUCAGCUGCGGCCCGCGGGUCCGCCAGUGCUGCCAGUCGUACUGUCUGCGCCGGCCGACAGUCGGGCCCUGAGCCCCGCCGCGAGCCCGCUCUGCCGGGCUGGUGCCAUAAGAGUAAUAUAAUGUGAAUAAAGGACAUUUUUGUAUGGGUUUUCUAGGGGAUAAUAGCUUAUAACUAGUCCGGUAGAGCGGGCAACAGUGGAGUGGUUCAGGCGCCGCCGCCGAUAGAUCGCGCGCCGUACUGGACGCACUGGCCGGACCUCGCGGCCAUCUUGUUUGCAACAAUCAGUGGUGAUAUUUUACAAAAUAAUUUAUAUUAUGUUUUUAUAUAUUAACAAGCGUAAUAAAGAGUGAGCAAAAGCACAUCUUA